GGGUGCGUGCGCCGGCGCCGCUUCCCCUUCCGGCUCGCGGUCGGCCUGGUCCAUCGGCGGCCGCCAGUACCAUGGGAGCCGCGAGGGGAGGGCGGAGGAGCCUCCUGUGGGCAGCAGUUACUGCAGUCAUACUUGUUGUAGAUGCUUCUUAUGUGCAAGACUUAGAUGACUCGUUUAAAGAGAACCGUAAAGAUGAUAUCUGGCUUGUAGAUUUCUAUGCACCUUGGUGUGGCCACUGCAAAAAACUGGAGCCAGUGUGGAAUGAAGUUGGUAAAGAGAUGGGGAGCAUUGGUUCUCCAGUUAAAGUUGGAAAAAUGGAUGCAACUUCUUACUCUAGUAUUGCCUCUGAAUUUGGAGUUCGAGGCUAUCCAACAAUUAAAUUGCUAAAGGGUGACUUGGCAUACAACUAUAGAGGCCCUAGGACCAAGGAAGAUAUUGUUGAAUUUGCAAACAGAGUAGCAGGCCCUAUUAUAAGACCACUCCCUAGCCAGCAAAUGUUUGAUCAUGUGCAGAAGAGGAAUCGUGUUUUUUUUCUGUACGUUGGUGGGGAAUCCCCAUUGAAGGAAAAAUACAUAGAAGUUGCUUCCGAACUAAUUGUUUAUACAUACUUUUUUUCUGCCUCAGAAGAGGUAUUACCAGAGCAUGUGACACUUCCUGAGAUGCCUGCUGUCCUUGUCUUUAAAGAUGGAACGUACUUCGUUUACGACGAAUAUGAAGAUGGAGAUCUGUCAUCCUGGAUAAGCAGAGAGAGAUUUCAAGGAUAUCUUAAUGUAGAUGGAUUUACACUCUAUGAACUCGGAGACACAGGGAAACUAGUGGCUAUCGCAAUUAUUGAUGAUAAAAAUACUUCUACAGAUCAUACAAGGUUGAAGUCAAUUGUUCAGGAUGUUGCGAGGAAUUACAGAGACCAUUUUAAUAGGAACUUUCAGUUUGGCCACAUGGAUGGAAACGAGUAUAUUAAUAGUUUACUAAUGGACGAUGUGAAAAUCCCUAGUAUCGUCGUCCUGAACACAUCCAACCAACAGUAUUUCCUACCUCAUAAACCUAUAGAGAGCACUGAAGAUAUGGUCCAUUUCAUUAAUGAGAUCUUGGAAGGCACUGCAGAAGCACAAGGUGGAGAUGGAAUUCUACAGCGAAUCAAGAGAAUAAUUUACGAUGCCAAGUCAACUGUGGGAUCUGUUUUCAAGAGUUCCCCACUUUUGGGCUGCUUUCUCUUUGGGCUGCCACUGGGUGUCAUCAGCAUCAUGUGUUACGGAAUCUGCACCACUGACACUGAUGGUGGAUCAGAUGAAGCCGAGACGCCUAAGAGAGAAACAGGCAGGGGUCUGACAGAUGAAGGCACUGAAGAGGAACAAGAGGAGGAGAGCGGUGAAAGCCAUGUAGAAUACACAGAUGGCGAGCAAGAACAGAAGCCUAUAUUGGAAAAGAAGAAAGACUAAAUGGCUUAAAUAAAAAGGUUUUCCCCCCAUUCCGUUUCCAAAUAGAGACUUAUUUAUUGAAUUUAGUCAUUUACCCGUGACCUUCAGAGAGGAGGACUGUCUUGUUGUACGUGCAUGUAUCCACAUUGCUUGGCUGAGAGGAGGUAUAGUUGGGAAUCUUGAUUUUGAGGUCUCUUAUUCCAUUUUCCCUGCUGAAAUGAAACAAAAUUAAGGAAUGUAUACAGAUCCACAGUGCAGUUGGAUUAAAGCAGUGCUUUUCCAUCCUGUUUUGUCUUCUGAUACUUCUAGUCAGAAAUAAUCUGAACAUGUUGCCAAAAUAAAUAAGGCUAAUGCUCCUUUUUGAAAAUAUGGAAAGCAAAUGAAUUCUUGGCCUGGAGUAACAUCUGUAAAUAUAACUAAAUUUUAGAAACCAUUAUUUGGGAUAAUGCCUUGGAUAUGUUCCAUUUAUGCUUUUUUUAAAAAAAUAGUUACUUUCAUUUCUAAAGAGCAAUACCAUUUCUUACUUUUUUUAAAGAAAAAUAUGCAUUUAAUUUCUUUUUGGUAUAGAUAGCUCAGCACUAAAGGCAUGUGUUGUAAUUCCUCUGAAUUGCUUUUUAAAUAUGUGUUUCAUAAUUGUAAAGAUAAUGUUUCCUACCUUGAGAAUAUUUCUGGCUUCAAUUGACAUUGCAUUUUAUUGGUCAUGUGUGCUGCAUAAAGAUUCAUACCUAUGUUUAAUCUGUGAGGGAAAAAAUCAUUUUAAAGGAAUUUUUUUCUAAAUGUUAACUACUUGACAAAUCUGAGGGAUACAGUUCUUAAUGGUAACAUUUGUGGAAUAAUUUCUCUGUUAGUGUAUUGCAUAGUUUAUAACAAUCUUACUGCAGUAUGCCAGAAUAUCUUUCAAGGGGGUUACAUCUUGCUGCCGCUGUUUCUGAUGCCGUUGAAGAAUAUUUGCCAACAUGUUAUUUGCCUGUUUAAAAUUGACACCUGUAGGAUUGUUUGCCUUUCUAAAAAAGAAGAGCAUUUGUCUGUAUAAUCCCUUUUCAUUAGUUGUUAAUCAUAUAAGUCAUCUUUAAUCCCCCCCUCCCAUGACAUUGAAAGAGACUAAGCUCUCUCCAGAGUUGAGAUCUCAGGGGAUAAGCCAUAUGAUGCUGUUUGGCGUAUUGAUACCAUGGUGAUUGCCAUAGCAACAAACCCUAUGCUGUUCAUUUUCAGGACUACGGCUAUGUCACAUUCAGCUGGAAAAUGGAAAAAAUAAACACUUUUAUGCUUGUGGGUCACAGUAUGAAAGACAUAUCUACAUUUCUGCAUCUGCAAAGUAGAUUUUAAAAGCUUGAAUAAGAAAAAAUGUAUAAGGAAUUGGGUUAAUUUUCACUAUUUUUCUUAUAUAGAAAAAUAGAUUAGAUAGAAAGAGGGGCCCUAUAUCUGUAUAGCCGUGCAACUUUCUAACACAGUCCAAGCAACCUAGUUCUUGGUCUCAUGAUAUUUUGUUGGUGGGGAGGAACUAUGCAGAUUUAAUUUUGAAAGGGAAAAUUUAAAAAUAUAUAUCUUUGAUCAAAUGCAUAUUUUCCUCAAAAUAGGACACCAUGCAGAAUGUAAAGUGUACUAGUUUUAUUUGUGAAUUGCUUUACCCAAAGGAAGAAAAAUACUAUACUUCAUGCAGAAUGUACAGAAACAUCUUGAACUCCGACAAUUCCAUUGGAUGAAGAAGAUUUUUGUUCAAACUACAGGAAAGGAGAUUCCACCUGAACAUGAGGAAGAACUUCCUAACUGAGAGCUGUUCAGCAGUGGAACUCUCUGCCCCGGAGUGUGGUGGAGUAACCUUUGGAGGCUUUUAAACAGAGGCUUGAUGGCCAUCUGUUGGGGGUGUUUUGAAUGUGAUUUUCCUGCUUCUUGACAGGGGGUUUGGACUAGAUGACCCACGAGGUCUCUUCCAACUAUGAUUCUGUGACAUUAAAACUAUAUUUAAUUUUUGAAUAAUGAAAAUGAUUGCAUUACAAAUAGCACUUUUGUCUUCAGAGUUCAUCCAGCUCAUGUUCUGAUAUCAAGGUUUGUUUCAGUUGCUGAAACAUUGCUGCUGUAAACUCUGAAGCCCUAAAUGUAUCUACCAAGAAGAAUCUGAAUUUCUGGAAUAGGAUGGAAAUUUCCCUCACACUGGACUGUAAUAGGAAGCCUUUUGUUGUAGUAGUGCUACAUAAUUUUUAUAUAAUCAGUUUUAAGUGAUGUCAGUGCAAGAAACCCACUUCAUAUUCCUUCUAAUUUUAUUCUCACAUUUUUAUCUUUUUCCCUUUAGCUACAACUAAGAACAACGUGCUGCAGAGUGGUUUUUCUAGUACUAAUUAUGGGACUACGUUCUCCCCCCCCCCCAAAAAAAAUUAAAACAUUAAAAAACCUGCUAUAAUUUCUUACAUAACAUUAAGCAGAUUUAAAGUUGUUGAGACAGUGAUAUUGAACAGAGGUUGAUGUUUACCCUACUGCUUAUGAAAUCUUUUACUCCCUGAUGUUUACCAAAGUGAAAUGUACUGCUGUUUUAUUCCAGCUUCAUUACAGUGCAGUUAGACAAUGAAAAGCUUGUUGUAUAAAACAAAAUGACUAUUUUUGAUCAUGUUCAGACAGAAUAUUAUCUAUUUUAACUUGAACUGGAAGUGAUCUAAUGACUGAAGCUUUAUUUAUACUUGUUGGAUUUAUCUACUGUAAAUGUGCAUUUUCUACAAGAAUAAACAUUUAAAUGUGGA